AGGGUUUUAUUUUCUUGCACGAGGAAAGAAAAGAAAACAUUUCCAGUGGGGGCCGGAUUUGACAAUCUAUACAUUGCAAUUAAAACUCGUAUUUCCUUCGAGUCGUGCCCUUAGCGAAAACGUAAAGGACGCGGGCUGCCCUUGCGGAGGAGAAGACAUUCUAGGUGUUCUUGGCAUUCCUUCUCUCGGUUACAAUGUCGGAUGAAGAGCCUGUUGAUCCCAAACAUGAAAUUGAAGAAUCUUGCAAGCCAAAGUGUGUGAAACCACUUCUUCAAUAUCAGGCAUGUGUAAAGAGAAUUGAAGCUGAUGAAACCGGGCAUAAGCACUGCACUGGGCAGUAUUUUGACUACUGGCAUUGUAUUGACAAAUGUAGUGCAAACAAACUAUUUGAGAAACUAAAAUGAGGAAGCAUAGAAAUUAUGGAGAGAUGCCCAUGGAACUUGUGGAGAAUAAUUUUCUUGUUCCAUAAUUUAUCAUAUUUUUCUUUGAAUAUUCUUAUUUUUGUACUUCUAUAAAUACUUGGGAUAUCUUGAUAUAUUAUUUGAUGCAACUGAGAAGCAAGUGAAGGCAUGCUUGCUUUGGACAUCAAUGCAAAAGUUCCAUCAAUUGCAUGGUUUGAGUCAAGGUUUGCCUUGUCCUUUUCUUGUUCUUUGUCUGACCAGAUCUACAACGGCUUUAUGAUUGAAUCAUAAUAAACCUUACGAAGUGUAUGGCAUGAUUGAAUAACAAGGGACAAAAGUCUUUGCAUUA